CUUCUGCCCACGCGCAUGCGCCCGCGCUGCGCCGCCAUUGGCGGCCUCUCCUCUGUCUGCGGCGCUGCGGCGUCCCCAGCAGGCCGCUCCCAACAGGCAGUGCGCCGCUCCGAGGUCAAGAUGGCGGCGAGGGCAACGGUUUCAGGAGGUGGUCGCCUGAUGGACAGAAUUCGAAAGUGGUAUUAUAAUGCAGCUGGGUUCAACAAAUAUGGAUUAAUGCGAGAUGAUACAUUGUAUGAAGAUGAUGAUGUAAAAGAAGCACUGAAGAGACUUCCAGAGGAUCUGUACAAUGAAAGAAUGUUUCGCAUAAAGAGAGCACUUGAUUUAAGCUUGAAGCAUCGGAUCCUUCCAAAAGAACAGUGGGUAAAAUAUGAAGAGGAUAAGCCUUAUCUUGAACCAUACCUAAAAGAAGUAAUUCGUGAACGACUUGAAAGAGAAGCAUGGAACAAGAAAUAACUAUUGAACUACUUCAUGCUGCAUCUUUCUGAUAUUUCUAAAGUUUGGUUCACGUCUUCGGGGAAGCACAUGUAAGGCUGAAGGAAUACUGGUUUCAGCUUGUUCACUGAGUCUGUUCGUCCAACUAAAAUAAAUAUGUUGAAGUAUAAAAUCUCCUGGGAAGACUUCUUUAUAAAUGUUAGCAAGCUAAUGUUCAGAUCUUUCCUAUGAGCAUAUACAUUACACAUUAGCUUAAUGGGAUGUAGUCUUCAUUCCAGCUUCUUGAUUCUUACUUCUUUCAUAGUACAGCUGUUUCCUGUACUUGGAGAGUUAGGUAGGAAACACCCAGAAUUGCUGGUGAAGUUGUUAACUUAAAAAGGAGGUGCUACUUCCUUCAUCUUUUCUCCCUGGAGGUGAGAAUACAGUGCUUCAUGUUGUGUUGGUGUCAUGAGACAGCAGAAGUAACAGUCUGUGGAUGUAAGCAUGUACAUAUUACUGUAAUGACAAAUGGCAGUGGUUCCUUAACCAUAAAACCAGGGAAUGUUUCUCUAGCUUUUUAUACUAUAUGUGUUGUUCAAGCAUAAAAAGAUAAUUUUCAUAUAAAUCUUAAGGUCUCAUUUCAGCUUAUGAUAUUUUUGUAAAGGAUAAAAGUGCUAUGCUGAUGUGCUUUUUGCACCAUAAUUAACCUCCCAUUUCUUUUUUUUCUUGGCCUAGAGGAUGUUUACAGUAAGUGGCAUCAAAUAUUUGAAACAAUUGUGCUAACAGGCUUAACAUUAGAGAAGUGUAUAAUUCAGGCUCUACAUAAACACAGAAGUGAUUCAGGUGUAUCUGGAAAUACUAGCCCUUGUUGGCUGAAGGCCUUGAGUUUAAUGGUAGCAUUAAUUUGGUGCUGUUUUGUGUUAUUACACACAAAUUGCAAAAUUUGAGAUCUGUUAUACUCUUUGGUAUCUUGUGUGAUUGUGUGAUGGUAACAAGAUAUCUUUUUUUGCUAUAUGUGCUUGUCUGACCCAUGCUUUUGUUGCUUGCAUCUCUAAAAUUACAGAAUCACAGAACUGUGGGGGUUGGAAGGCACCUCUAGGUAUCAUUGAGUCCAACCCCCCUGCAAUAGCAGAUUCCCUACAGCAGAUCACCCAAAGUAGGUGUCCAGAUGGGCCUCAGAUAUCUCCAGAGAAGGAGACUCCACAACACAAUCUCCUAAGUGAAUACAGCUAUUCCUGGGUGAAAUACUUAUCCCAAUAUUUCACACCUGACGUGGUAAAAACAAAAUGGUGUGAAAAUAUCUGUAUUGCCACUAUUCCUUAAAAAUUUUUGCAAAUGGAUUACAUUAAGAACGUGAGGUUUCUUUCAUCUCCUAUCUUAAAACCUUAUCAUUGAAACAUACAUCAUUUGAUGAUGCAUUUUUGAGAACUUACUAAUAAAGUUAGUAUCUGUUUGAUCCUCGUUUUGAACUAAGGUUAAUGUGAUUCAUAAGCUUUUUAAAAAAAAUGGGGUGGAAAAAAGGGUGUUGAUGACGUGAGGCAUUUGAAAAUAGACAGAGCAUUGAACAGAGUGCAAAGCAUCCAUGUGCCAGUUGGCAUAACAGGUAAAAUCACUGACUUCUUAACAUUCAUAUUUGGCAUUUUGAGAGUCAGAGUCAAAUAAAAGCAGCAUCGUAUUGCAGUACCUUAUUCUUAUUAUCUUAUUGGUGACAAGCUGGAGGGUCAAUGUGGUUCCUGUUUUUGAAUCCUUAACUUCUUCAUUAAAGACAUUUGGGUGGGGAAGAAUGAACUUGUAAAAUGUAGAGACAUGACUAUAAUAUCUAUAACCUCCCUGUAACACUUCCUACCUGUCUCAGCAGCUUUCGGUGGGAUCCUGCACAUCUCUUGUGUAGGCUGUGUGCUGUUCUGUGAGUGAUCUAGGAUUGUGCAGCCAUGGGCUGCAGUAAAGUGAGAUAGAUUAACAAGGGUGAAAAACAGUCUGAUGGUGAAGGAAACAGCAUUAAGUUUUUGGAGAACUAGGUUUUCUUUCUUGUACUGUCAUGAAGUUCUUUUGUAACACUGUACAAGGCGCUUUUUGUUCUUCAGGGUUCUGAUUCCUAUCUGCAGAAAUGCAAAGUGGUUAUAUCUGUAUCAUUUCAGUAGACCUGUUCUGAAGAAUAUUAGAUAAAGGUGUUGCUAUUCAUCUGGUCACACAACAGAUGGUACUGGUGGUGUUGCCAGGGGCAAAUCUUGCAAAGGUUUGUUAGAUUUGAAAAAGACCUCACAGUCCUUAUUCCUAUGAUGUAAAGAAUAGAAAUACUUGCACAGAAGCUGAUACUUCAGUGUCCUGCACAGUGUGCAGUAAGCAAGAUGGAGCAGUGCUCCAAGCAAGCCUGAAAAGAAUUCAUAAAUAAGAGGGAUUCCCACUGGGGAGGGAGAAGAAGGAAAAAACAAAACAAAAAAAAGGAACCUGUAAGUUUAAGCCAUAUCUUAGUAUAAUAGGCAGCAGCACCUUGAUUGGCAGCAUCCAAACUUGAUUGUGAAACCUUGAUCUUCACUGAUGUAGUUUUCUGGAUAUGAAGUCUAUAUGGAUUCCAUAAACGGAAAUAUUUUUCUUAGUUUAAUUCACAUUUUUAGGCGUAUCUAAAUAUCAAAUUGAGAGAAUCUGAGUUAAUACUGUUAAUCCUGCAGCUUGGUGAUGGUUGUAGCUUAAAUUCAUUUAAUUGUUUUUCAGUGAACCUUUACUUCAUUUAAGUUCCUUUAUUAAAUACACAGUGAAAUAUAAGAAUA